AUGCUCCUGUUCCCUUUGACGAUGCUUUGCGUUGGCCUCAUCCAGCAGGGUGGAACAACACGUCACCAAGUGAUCAAAGGAGCCGAAGCCGAAACAACCGCGCAGAGUCGCGUCGUGUGCUGCAACUUUCACGGAUACCUCUCGACAGAAAAGGACGAAGCGGCGUGCAACGGCAAUCCGGUCAUGAGGUACGGACCAUGCGUGAAAGAACAGUAUCAAUGCUACUACUGCGGUGGGGACUAUUACACAAAAUGGGCAGGAGAUGCGACCUGCCAUUCGUGUUCGGUGACAAGUGGGCCUUGUCGCAAAAUGCGUUAG